GCAGUACCCUACGCUUCCGUGGGUCGGAGUGUACUGCAGUUUUCUUUAGAAACUUGGGAGCUGCGCGCGAUGGAUGAAUGCUGAAAACGUCGUUUGUUUGUUAUUUUACGAUUUAUUUUCUUUUAUGUACAGAUAAAAGCGAUUUAAACUGUAGUGUCUCAGAAAGUCAACGCUUUACAAUCACACGAACAUAUGUCCUUGCAGAGGAAGCCCAUCAUGAGCGUGCUCCCCCCUGUGCGAAAAGACCGCAUCAUCGGCCAGCUUCCUAAAUGUUUCAACAAAAGUGCUGCUUUGCACACAGAAAAUGAAUUCCACAGCAAGGUUAAGACGGCUUGUCAACAACAGAGAACAGGAACAGUGGGUAGGUUUAAAAUCUCCAAAGUCAUCGUAGUUGGUGAUCUGGCUGUCGGGAAAACCUGUUUGAUUAAUAGAUUUUGUAAAGAUGCAUUUGACAAGAACUACAAGGCUACCAUUGGUGUGGACUUUGAGAUGGAAAGGUUUGAAGUUCUUGGGGUCCCUUUCAGUCUACAGUUGUGGGACACUGCAGGCCAGGAAAGGUUUAAAUGCAUCGCCUCUACAUACUACAGAGGAGCUCAGGCUGUAAUCAUUGUGUUUGAUUUGACUGAUGUUGCAUCACUGGAUCACACAAGGCAAUGGUUAGAGGAUGCAAUGAAAGAGAACGACCCUACCAGUGUAUUACUUUUCCUGGUUGGCACGAAGAAAGAUCUGAGUUCUCCUGCACAGUAUUCUCUAAUUGAGCAGGAUGCCAUUAAACUGGCAGAUCAGAUGAAAGCAGAGUACUGGGCUCUAUCUGCUUUAACUGGUGAGAACGUCAGAGAGUUUUUCUUCCGAGUUGCAUCUUUAACAUUUGAGGCAAAUGUAAUGGCAGAACUGGAGAAAAGUGGAUCCAGACGUAUUGGGGAAGUUGUUAAAAUCAACAGUAACCCAAACAACUUACAUGCAGCUUCCAAGAAGAAGCAACCCAACUGUUGUCAGUAAAGACUGAUCAUGUGGAAACACAAAAAAUUUGCACGGACGAAAUUGGG